GCAGUGUGUCGUGAGCGGCGUCAAGAGAAGGAAUGAUGGCGUCCUCGGCUGCUCGCUGCUCCUCACGCUGGAUUACGGUCAUCGUGUCCUCUGGACGUCGCAGGGCCGCCGGUGCCGUUGUCUGCGCUGGCCAUGGAGGGGUCCGCAGUAUCUCCACCCUGGGAGCGGAACACCUGUGGCGGGGAGGACACCUGGCGUGUGGAGGAUCGAGGAAAGCGUUGACAUUGAGAGGGCUGUCAGGUAUAAAAUCUCCCCAUGCCGUCUACGCACUAUCCUUUCACACAAGUGCUCCAUGCAACAAGGAGGAUUUCUACCAUAUCCUUGGCGUACCUCGCACAGCGACCCAGAAAGAGAUCAAGAAAGCCUACUACCAGAUGGCCAAGAAGUAUCACCCUGACACCAACAAAGAUGACCCACAAGCCAAGGAAAAGUUUGCUCAGCUGGCUGAAGCUUAUGAGGUCCUGAGUGAUGAAGGUAAGAGGAAGCAGUACGAUACGUACGGCUCAACCGGCUUCGAUGCGGGUCAGGGCGGUGGAGGGCAGCAGUACUGGACCGGACAGACCAGCAACAUAGACCCAGAGGAGCUCUUCCGCAAGAUUUUUGGGGAAUUCUCCGGAGGCCGUGGCUUUGGAGACUUCAAUGCCAUAUUUGAUCAGCCACAGGAGUACUUCAUGGAGCUGACGUUCACCCAGGCAGCAAAAGGAGUCAACAAAGAGAUGUCUGUUAACAUAGAAGCAGCCUGCCAGCGCUGUGAUGGUCGAGGCCAUGAACCAGGCACCAAGGUCCAGCACUGCCACUUCUGCAACGGCUCCGGCAUGGAGACGGUGAACACGGGCCCAUUUGUGAUGCGCUCCACAUGUCGACACUGCGGUGGCAAAGGCACAGUCAUGUCCAACCCCUGUCACUCCUGCCGUGGGAGGGGACAGACCAAGCAGAAGAAGACUGUGAUGGUUCCCGUGCCUGCAGGAGUGGAGGAUGGCCAGACCGUCAGAAUGCCGGUUGGUAAGAAGGAGAUCUUCAUCACAUUUAGGGUCCAAAAAAGUCCUGUGUUCAGGAGAGACGGAGCGGACAUCCACUCUGACCUUUUUGUGUCCGUGGCACAAGCUAUCCUGGGCGGCACGGCCCGUACACAGGGCCUUUAUGAAAUACUUAACUUAUCGAUCCCUGCUGGCGUCCAGACAGACCACAGGAUUCAUCUGUCAGGGAAGGGAAUUGCUCGUGUCAGUGGCUAUGGCUUCGGAGACCAUUAUGUCCAUGUCAAAAUAAAAGUACCCAAGACACUGACCGACAGACAAAAAUCUCUGCUCAUGAGCUACGCUGAGGACGAGACCGAAGUGGAGGGGACGGUGAAUGGCGUCACUGCCACCACCACAGGUGGGGGCAGCAGUGGUAAGCCACCUGAGGCAGGGCAAAGCAGUCAUGACAAGAAGGAAGGAGAAAUGAAACAAGAGGGGGGCUUCUUCUCCAAAUUAAAGAAAAUGUUUAGUUCUUCCUGACAGCCACAAACCAGGUAAAAGGUCAUCCUGGAACUGAGAAGCUUCGUCAGUAGAUCCGAGGGCAGAAGGGAGGACGGCGUAAAGCGAGAACAGCCACGUUAUAAAGAGACAGGUGGUUGAGGAGUACUUGGGAGUUGGAUGAGGCCCACGAAAAGGUUCUGGACAGAUCAGUAUGGACCUACCUACCCAGCCCUGCAGCGAAUAAGGCAGAGGAUUACCUCCUCUGUUCCUCUGCCAAAGUGAAUCCACAAACAAGGAUUUUCCAGCGCACCCUGUCAAAUGUCUGUCGAGGCCAUUUGGGCAGCAAAGACUUGGUCAUUUAUCAAAGCAGUCGGCGCGUCUUGGUUUUCUGUUGAUCGGCAUUAGAAAAACAUGAUGGUGAUAACAGAAUCUGUGUGCACAGAAAUAAAUUAUUGUGUUGACAAAGACUACAGAUACAGUGAAAGUUUUAUUUGGGAUUAAAUGAACCUCCUGUUAUUAAUCCUUUCGUUCAUUAUGCUGCAGAUGUGUUUUCAUGAAUGUGUGACAUUUCCCCAACAAUUCUUAACCAUUUUCAGUCCCAACAGGUUGAACACCACUAGGCUAACUACAUGUUUACCUUUUGAGUUGUGUAUAUAUGCGUGUGUCAGCAGUGGAUAGUCUCCUGUCUCUGAUUUGAGGACUAACCUGUGGAAAGUUAAAAGUUUGGCUCAGGUUUUUCUGAACCGUGAGCACUGAUUAGCGGACUCUUGUCUUUCUUUUAACCCUAUGCAUUAUGAAUUCGAGCUCUGCACCUUCAUUACAUUUGUACAUAGUAGAUCAUACAGUUGAAUCAAUGUGUCACAUAGAGAUAUACUGUGCAUCUAUAAUAAAGCUAUGAUCUGGGAAAA